AUGCCCCAAGGCAUGAUGGUAGUUGGAUUCCCCAGCACAGUGCCUACAACACAGUGCCUAGAAGGGUUUGAUGCUCCAACCUUUGCCAUUUCUGAUAUUCCAUCUCAGAAGAGUAGCAGGAAAACUAGUUCCUCUCUCACCAGCCUUUCCACCCUGAUUUCUCUCUUUGUUUUUCAGCUGCAGGAUCGUCCUCUUAAACCUCUCACUCAUUUAUUUGAUUUCUUUUUCACAGUAACACCAGAAGAGCCAACAAUUGGUCCAGUAGCAGCUGUGGACAGUUCUGGAAAAAUCACACUAUCUCCUAUGGUUAUAUUUCCAGGUUACAUGGAUGGAGAACUUACCAAAAUAUCAGAUUCCAAAGGCCAGAUUCUGAAAAGUAAAGGUACUACAAAGUCUCAGAGUAGCCAAGAAGAAAAUAAAGAAGCAAUAAAGAGGGAAAUCUUAUUCACAGCUUCUGAUGAAUCCAUGACAUCAACCUACAAAAUGGAGUCAAAAAGCAAAGCAAAAGGUAUUGAAUUGGAGAAAGGCAAGAUAGGAAUGAAAGUCAAGGUAAAGGAUAGUGACACUGGGAUAAUAAAAAGACUGGAAGCCCAAGUAAAGAAGAGUGAGGCAAGCAUACCACAAGGACAAGGGUCCCAAGUAAAGAAGAGUGAGGCUGGGAUACCACAAAGACAGGAGGCCCAAGUAAAGAAGAGUGAGGCCAGCAUACCACAAGGACAGGAGGCCCAAGUAAAGAAGAGUGAGGCUGGGAUACCACAAGGACAGGAGGCCCAAGUAAAGAAGAGUGAGGACAAAAUACCACAAGGACAGGGGUCCCAAGUAAAGAAGAGUGAGGCCAGGAUACCACAAGGACAAGAGGCCCAAGUAAAGAAGAGUGGGGCUGGGAUAUUAAAAGGACAGGAGGCCCAAGAAAAGAAGAGUAAGGCCAGGAUACCAAAAGGACAGGGGUCCCAAGUAAAGAAGAGUGAGGCCAGGAUACCACAAGGACAGGAGGCCCAAGCAAAGAAGAGUGAGGCUGGGAUACUAAAAGGACAGGAGGCCCAAGUAAAGAAGAGUGAGGCCAGGAUACUACAAGGACAGGAGGCCCAAGUAAAGAAGAGUGAGGCCGGGAUACCACAAGGACAGGAGACCCAAGUAAAGAAGAUUGAGAAUUCUGAGGAUAAAAGAAAGCAGAACAAAGAAAAGGGAGAUGCAGAGAAGAAUAAAGAUACAGAAAAAAUAGAGGCCAAAAACCAGAAAGGUGUUGAAAGAAAGGACAAAGUUAAAGGAAAGAAAGGAUCAGAAGUCAAGGGUAAAAAAGCAGAAGGUUCAGUAAGGGCAAAGGCAAGUAAAAGAAGGAAGUACAACAAAAAGGUGGAAGAACAAGGGUAAAUAAAAGGAAGGCCCAUAAGUCAACUGAUUAUUAUGAUUCCCAUCCUCCAGAUACAAGUUAUAUCCCAGCCACUGCCUAAAUGGAUCA